CACGGUCCAAUAUUGCGCUGUAUAUAUAACUAGUUCCACGACAGGGAGUGAUAGACAAACAGUGUUCUUCAACAUUUACAAAGCUCAGAGUACACACCUUGCUAUCGUAGUUGGUGCAUUGCGUAUCAGUAAGUAGUAUAGAAUAUAUAUAUAUAUAUAUACUAAGUCUAACUACAUUCACCAUCGCUAUAUUCGCCAUUGCUACUAUCUAUUGAGUACGAGUUUAUAUGUCCACUGCUUUAGCCGGCAUAGUCAACACAAUGGCACUGACACAGUCACAGACGAAAUGUCUCGGAGAAGUGGAGGAUACAAAGGGAAUCACAUCAGAUGAAGCGGUCGCAACGGGCAAACAUAUCGCACAGAACGUCACUUUCCCACUAGAUGAAACGACCAAAUUAGUUAGCGCGACCGAAUCAGAUGAAAUCAUCGUGUUAGAUGAGGGUAUCUGCAAGAUUAGAGUGCUGCAUGAGGGCACUGGUCCCGAGCUGGGUAGUCACUGCAAAGCCGGUGGGAAGGUGUUGCUUCAUUUCAAGGCCUUGUAUACAGACGGGCGCGUGAUAGACAAUAGCCGCGCCAGUGGCUGGCCACCCUUUGAUCUGGUAUUAGGGAAGAGCUUCAAGCUCAAGGCGUGGGAGCUCGCAGUGCCCACCAUGCGAUUGGGUGAGGUGGCCCGCAUAGAGUGCUCCCAAUUGGCUGCGAGUCCGUAUCCCCAAUUCUCAUUGGUGCAGAGACAAAGGCAUGCAGUGCCAGAGUCGAACACACCCCAGUCUCAUGACCAUGCACAACCGCACUCCUGCGUUGAAAAGCAGGCGCUGGCACUGGAGCUGGGUGAUGGGCUCAUUGAGAUUCUGAACGAGGACCAGCUGGUGUUUGAGUUGGAAGUUGUAGAUUACAUCGCUCCCCACACUUACAAAGAAGAGUUCUGGGAAAUUGAUGUUGAAGAGAAAAUCCGAUUGAUACCGUUCCACGCAGAUUGCGCGAGGAGGGCAACACGCUGGUCCGAAACGGCCAGCACGCAGAAGCCUUAGAGUGCUAUGUGCGUGCACUGCGGUACUUGGAACGUGUGAGGGCCGAGCCUCUGGGAAUCCCGAAGUCAAUCGACGAGUUAGAAACGCCGUUAGGCCUGAAUGCGUGUCUAUGCACACUGAAGACUGGUAGGUAUGACGAGACAGUGAAAUACGCGACGAAAAUUCUGAAGCACGAUCCUGAGAAUACAAAGGCGCUGUUGCGACGCGGACGAGCACACCGUUUAAUGUCGGACGUUGUCCAAGCGAGGACUGAUUUGGAGAAAUCCCUGCGAGUGAAUGACGACAGACUACCCGAGGCUCGGAAGGAACUCGCGUUAGUGCACAAACUAGAUAUUGAGCUCCAGCAACGAGAAAGGAACACAUUCAAGAACCUACUUCUAUAAACUGGCGGCACGAAAUAAAUUUUAGUAGUACGAUUUCGUGCGCACGGCAAGC